UCAUAAUGAGGCCUUCUAAAUUCACUACUUUUUCUUUACUAUUUUCUCUCCUUUUGCUGACUGCUGCCUCGGCGCAGAAUUGUGGUUCACAGGCCGGAGGCGCACUUUGUGCCUCGGGACUCUGUUGCAGCAAAUUCGGCUGGUGUGGUAACACUAAUGACCAUUGUGGUUCUGGCAAUUGUCAAAGCCAGUGUCCUGGUGGCGGCCCUGGUCCUGGUCCUGUUACUGGUGGGGACCUUGGAAGCGUCAUCUCAAAUUCCAUGUUUGAUCAGAUGCUUAAGCUUCGCAACGAAAAUUCUUGUCAAGGAAAGAAUAAUGUCUACACUUACAAUGCCUUUAUCACUGCUGCUAGGUCUUUUCCUGGCUUUGGUACAACUGGUGAUUCCAAUACCCGUAAAAGGGAAAUUGCUGCUUUCUUUGCCCAAACCUCCCAAAACACUACUGUGUCUAAUUACGUGUAUUUUGACAUUAAUAAACACAGUGCUGGGCCAUGUACAAGAGCCAUCGGAGCGGACCUUUUAAACAAUCCAGAUUUAGUAGCCACAGACCCAGUAAUCUCAUUCAAGACAUCUCUCUUAUUCUGGAUGACCACUCAAUCACCAAAACCUUCUUGCCACGAUGUCAUCAUUGGAAGAUGGAACCCAUCCGCCGGUGACCGAGCAGCCAAUCGUCUUCCUGGAUUUGGUGUCAUCGCAAACAUCAUCAAUGGUGGCUUAGAAUGUGGUCGUGGUAAUGACAACAUGGUACAAGAUCGAAUUGGGUUUUACAGGAGGUAUUGCGAAAUUCUUGGAGUUAGUCCGGGUGACAAUCUUGAUUGCGGCAACCAGAGGCCUUUUGGCAGCUGAUUCUAUGUAACAACUUCAUUAUAUGUUUUGUUGUAUUCUCGCAAAAUGCAAGGAUCAACUAUAAAAUAAAGUUUUAAUAAUAUGAUUGUAGUCUGAUUAGUACCACGACUAUAUAUAGUCGUGUUCAACAUAUAUCUCAAUGA